AUGGAUUUCGAUUUGGAUGCUGUGGUCAAAGCUGUGGCUGUAGGCCUCGUGCUUGCGGCAUUACACCAAGUCUACCACCGCCUCCUGCUACCUCGACCGAUCCGUGAUAUUCCACACAUUGCGGGGUCAGCCCGGAGGCUACUCGGAGACCUUCCUGAGUUGCAGAAGAUAAUGGCAAGUACGCAGGACAUCCAGUCCUGGCUACUGGAACAGACCCGUCGGCUGAAGUCCCCUCUGAUUCAACUGUUUUUGGACCCGCUGGGUAAGCCAGUUGUGGUCCUUAAUGAUCCACGAGAGGCCUUUGACCUACUGCUCUACCGCAGUCGAGACUUCGACCGUACACCCAUGAGACACCGUAAUCUGAUGAAGCAUCUGGUGACCACGCCAUUCCUUCAGGACACUGCUGCGCCUGCGAUUCACGCGUCUGUCGUGCGUCUGGUCGAACUGUGGAGUAUCAAGGGGCGGGUGUCCCGAGCGUCGUCGGCGUGCUUUCCACCUCAAAAGGAUUUUCAACGCAUGGUCCUUGAUACCCUGUUGGAAAUCUCAUUCGGACGGGACUUUCCCAAAGACGGGAUCUCAUCGCAAAUCGAGCUGCUCCGGGACGCCGAAGCCUGCGGCAGGGCGAGAGUGAGCAGUGAGCCGCAGAUCAUCACAUUCCCGGAAUCAGAUCCUCACGAGUUCAUCCGUGCGCACGGGGUGCUCAGUGAAGCCAUUGAACAGAGCGGGACAUCGCUCUUCCCACGACAGUCAUGGUGGAUGAUGUCCAAGCUACCCCGACUGGCCCACGCCCUCCGGGUCAAAAGCUGGGUCACGCGGGAAUGGCUCGAGACUGCAGUCUCCAGCACCGUCGGUGCACCCGCGGACUCGGCAUCAGGGCUUCCCGACCCACCCCAAUCGUCAGUUGAAUUCAUGAUUCAGCAUGAGAGGGAUCUGGCGAAACAGGAAUCCCGGAAACCGGAUUACCUGUCCCCGGCGAUGGAAGACGAGCUGUACGGAUCCAUCUUCGGCGCCUCGCAUAGCACCGUGUUCACCCUAGCUUGGGGAGUCAAGCUUCUAUCCGAUCACCCUCGGGUGCAGAGCCAGCUCCGCGAAUGCCUGCGCGCGGGCUUCCCCGAAGCCCUAACGGCAGGACGCCCGCCCAGCGCCCUGGAACUGUCGUCCCGAACCAUUCCCUAUCUUCAUGCAACCGUCGAGGAGAUGCUGCGGUUUACUCCGACCGCGUUCAUGAUCGACCGCAUCGCCACCCGGGACACCGAGCUCCUGGGCUACGCCAUUCCCAAGGGCACCUGCGUCUGGGCCCUGAGCAGCGGGCCCGGAUUCACGUCACCGGCGUGGCCGAUCCCCGCCGACAGGCGUAGUAUCGCUGUGUCUCGGACGGCGAUGCCGACGCCCGCCGUAAAGCAAGAUCACGCCCGGCAGUCUCCCAGUCACGAGUGGGCUGGUGAAGAUCUUGAUCGAUUCGUUCCGGAGCGAUGGCUGGUGGCUCCCUCCGGGGCCGACGGCCCAUCGACCUUCGAUCCGAACGCGGGCCCAACCCUGGCCUUCGGGGCCGGACUCCGGGGCUGCUUUGGGCGUCCGUUGGCCCAGCUGCAGCUGCGCAUGACGUUCGCGCUACUGGUGUGGCAUUUCGAGCUGAGGCCGUGUCCCGCGGCUCUGGCGACGUACGUGGCGGUCGAUGGGCUCUUUCGGCAGCCGAAACACUGCUUCGUUGCUUUGGGGGAGCCUGCGCGGGGGGCUGGUCAGUAG